CCCCACCCCAGGAUUGGGACCUUGAGUAAGAGGCCCCCAGACUAUUUUCUUUGUCUCUCCUGGCAACAGCCACUUCCGGGGCCGCGGAGGACGAACCCAGCGGGCAGUUACGGACCGGACCAACAGUCCCUUGGACUGUGCGGGCCGUUGCGAGGCGGCAUCUGCUCCAGGAGUGGCUUGCCGGCUCUCCGCGCACCGCAGCUUUUCCACCCCAGGAUUUGGACUUUGAGCAGUUGGCCCCCAGCCUCUGUUUCCUUUGUUGCUCCUGGCAACAGCCACUUCCGGGAGCGCCUGCCCAUUCCCCCCCACACCUCGGGCCCGCGAGCCGUGGGUUCCGGCCCUGAGCGGCGGUUAGUAGGGGCCCGCUGUGCCCUCGAACUACCGCGGGCCGCGCACCUGGGCCGUCUCGCCGGUUCGGCGGGGCCUGCGGAGCCGUCAUGGUUCUGCUGCACGUGAAGCGGGGCGACGAGAGCCAGUUCCUGCUGGAGGCGUCGGGGAGCACGGAGCUGGAGGAGCUCACCGUGCGGGUGACCCGGGUCUACAACGCGCGCCUCAAAGUGCAGCGCAUCUGCUCAGAAAUGGAAGAAUUAGCAGAACACGGCGUGUUCCUCCCUCCGAACAUGCAAGGACUGACUGAUGACCAGAUCGAAGAGCUGAAGUUGAGGGACGAGUGGGGCGAGAAGUGUGUCCCCAGUGGUGGAGCCGUGUUCAAGAAGGACGACGUCGGACGCAGGAAUGGGCACGCUCCAAAUGAAAAAAUGAAGCAAGUUUUAAAGAAGACCGUGGAAGAAGCCAAAGCAAUCAUAUCUAAGAAACACGUGGAGGCCGGCGUCUGCGUCACCAUGGAGAUGGUGAAGGACGCCCUGGACCAGCUCCGCGGGGCGACGAUGAUCGUGUACCCGAUGGGCCUGCCGCCCUACGACCCCAUCCGGAUGGAGCUUGAGAAUAAGGAGGACUUGUCGGGGACUCAGGCGGCACUGAGUGUCAUCGCGGAGUCGGAGGCGCAGCUGUGGUGGGCCGCCAAGGAGUUAAGGAGAACGAAGAAGCUUUCAGACUAUGUGGGCAGAAAUGAAAAGACCAAAAUAAUCGUCAAGAUCCAGCAAAGGGGACAGGGAGCCCCAGCCCGGGAGCCCAUCAUUAGCAGCGAGGAGCAGAAGCAGCUGAUGCUGCACUACCACAGGCGGCAGGAGGAGCUCAAGAGGCUGGAAGAAGAGGACGACGAUUCCUGUUUGAACUCUCCGUGGGCAGAUAGCACUGCUCUGAAAAGACACUUCCACGGCGUGAAGGACAUAAAGUGGAGGCCGCGGUGAGGGCGCGGCCAGCGCACCUCUCCGCAGCGGACGCCAACAGGAGUAACCGGCACUGAGAAGGCGCUCACAGCCCUCUGUGAAAGGACGUUUCCAGUUUUCCUGGUGUUUCUCUGAGUUUGAAUCUUUACAAUAAAAGUUACA